UUUCUCUCUCCCUCUCUAUCUCGCUCUCUCUCUCUGUCUCAAACAUACACAGAGGCUCUCUCCCUCAGUCGGUGGCUGGGUGUGUGUUGGACAGAGCUCUGAGGCAGUAAGAAGAGGCUGAGAGCAGCAACGUGGAGGAGGAGAAGGAGGAGGACAACAAUGAUGAGUGGCAUUUGAUCGGAAUUCUAACUCCAGUCCAGCUUCUGGUUUCUGGGUUAAAGAAGCUUCCUGAUUCUGGUUUUAAUGAGGAACUGAGCUCCAUGUGUUUAAAAGACUAGACCAGUUUCUGUCCUUGAAGAGUCCAGCUCAGCUCGGGCUCAGAUUCAGAUUCUGGUUUUAAAAGGGAAACCUUUGGUUUUUAAGCUGAAUCUGGAAUUUUUCCUUUUUCCUCUGAACGCUGCAGAUGAAGGCGAGGGAGAACAGUUUCUCUGCUCUUUCUCAGUUUGAAGCCGCAGAACAGAUGUGGCCCUAUUAGGAAACGGUUUUCACAGUUUGGUGUAAGAAGAAUUGCACAGACAACCUCAAUGACCUCAACACCAUCCAACACCUAUGAACUGAACAGUGAUUGUGACCUUGAGUGCGGUGAAAGGCUCCUAUAAAGAAAAGGACAGUCUCGGCAGCCAGAUGUCAGCGUGACCCAAUAGAAAGCGAGGACAGCCGGAUGCCAGACUUUCUGCAACAGACAUGAAGAACCUGGACCAGUAUGGACGAAGUCACACGGAGACUCACAUGGUUGAGGCUAGGCAGAAGAUUCCUCCUUCACACAAUAUCUAUGCAGCUGUGUCCAGCCUGGUGUUGGUUCUACUUGGCCUGUUGGGUUCAGCCCACAGUUGUCCCGGUGUUUGCACCUGCUACGGUAACACCACUGACUGCUCCUCCAUCGGCCUCCUCUCUCUGACACCCAUCCUCUCGCUGCUGGACCAGGACUCUCUGGUACUCCGCCUACCCCAGAACAACCUCUCCUCUUUGGGCAAGACAGGGCUGUCCAAUCUCAGCAGCCUGGAGCUCCUGGAUCUUUCCCAGAACCACUUUUCCUCCCUGCAGCCUGGAGCUUUCUCAGGCUUGAGCGGCCUUCGCUGGCUCAACCUCUCCACUAACUACCUCGGGGUAGGCCUGGUGUCUGACCCCAACAAUAGCACAGAUGCCACACAGGGCUUGAAAGGAAGCCAGGGAAGUGUGGGCUUGAGCAAGGAGGUUUUCAAGGGGCUGUGGCGGUUGCGAGGGCUCGACCUAUCCUCCAAUGGCCUCCUUUGGCUGCCUAAAGGCCUACUGAAUGAAAUGAAGAGACUAACCUGGCUGUCCCUAGCCAGAAACCAGCUUGUGGCCCUCGACAGAGUCACCUUUGAGCCCAUGGUGGGUCUGCAGCAGCUCCAGCUGGCAGGAAACCCCUGGGAGUGCGACUGCAAGCUGAGGGACUUCAAGCACUGGAUGGAAUGGUUAAUUUAUAAGGAUGGUCAGGUAGAUGGCAUGCAGUGCAAUCUUCCAGGGGAUUUGAAGGGCAGGGACAUCCGCAGCGUGCCAGCAGAGAUGUUCAGCUGCUGCCUGCAGAGUCCAACAAAGGAGGGCGGGUCAGGUUAUGCCACCUGGCCCCCCUGCCCACCCGGCCGGAUCAGCAGUAAUGAGGAAUGUGUUCGGCAGCGUUACCGGCCUGUCAGUGUGCGCCGGGCACACGGCACGCAAAUUGUUGCAGGAGUGGUUUGCGGUACGGUGUGUGUCAUGAUGGUGGUUGCGGCAACCUAUGGCUGCAUCUAUGCCUUGCUGAUGGCGAGAUACCAGAGGGAGAUGAAGAGCCGUGGGCAGCCUCUGAUGGCCGAGUGUGGAGCUGAGACUGACAUGGAGGAUGGACAAAUGUCCCCACUGAACUCGCCGAAGGAGACACCACCCAAAGAGGCCUGUGGCAUUGUGCACGGGUAUCGAAUCAGUAGCUUUUGAAAUACUGUUUUCUUUUUCCUGAUUAUUAAUCCGACGUUUUGGCUCCUCUGCUCCGGACCUCCCAUCACUGAUGAGACAAUGACAGGAGAGAGAAACCCUGCAGCUCUGCAAUUGUGCUGAAAAUCGAUGGGUGGGACCGAUUGUUCCACUAAUGGACCAGACUAGAUUCAGUGAAACAGGAAUGUUGCAGCACUUCCUUUAAUGUAUGGGUGCUCUGUGAAUUGUUAUUCCCCACGCUGCAUCUCUCAGCCAGCUCUAAACUCCUCUGAAGCUGCUGUUUUUGCACUUCUGAACCUUGACUCAUCUUCAUCUAUGGUUUUGUUUCUUUCUUAGGAAUAUGAAACAACAAUUUUUGUUUGAACCGUCUGUCUGUAUCUGAGCCCGACAAGCACAAGUCCAAAAAGUUCAGUGCUCAUGUCUGUGAAGCCCUGGAAAUAAUCCUUAAUUAGUUGAGUUAAUUUUAAGUUCGUUAACAUCACCCGUUUAAAAAAUGAUUUGUACCUCUGUUAGGUGGAUACCCUGUGGAACACUUUACUUUACAUUAUGUCAGAAUCCUGCUGCUGUCAGGGAGAUGCUGCUCUAAACUUCACCACUGAGAUUAACUGCAUCCCAACAGAUAGUGGAGCUGUACUGCCUCCUAGAGGGCAAACCUUGAGCUACAACAGCUUGGAAUCCAGCACACACAAACUCACAAACUCAAUGAGUCCAACAGUUAUAUUCCCACCACAGCAAAUUAUGAGACCCUGACUGAGAAUAUCUGAGAAUUUCCGCCCACAUAUAUACUGUAACUUUCAUAUGUGUUCUUUAGUUUGUCCAUAUUUUCUGUGAUAGUUCAGAUUUAACUCAAGGACUGUUAAUGAAGCUGAAGAUAAUAAACUCUAUAUUUCUCUAAA